GGAGCGGUGACAGCUGGGACACGCGGGUGCGUCCGAGCUGAGAGCUCCGUCACUGGGAACCGGGGCUGCUGAGAGCUGGGGGUGGGGGGAAAGCCCCAGGUCUGCUCCCUUCAUCCUCUCGGUUCCCCCCUCCGCAGAUGCCAACUGCACUGCAGCACCCCACGUACUGCCCGCAGAUCCCCUCCGGCCUCCUCCCGUAGCUGUGUUUAGAAUGCGCAGUUGAAGCUGCGCUGCUUUGAUCCGACAACAGGAAAAGAAUCUAUAUAUAGAAAACGACCAAAAUGUCCAAAGGGCAGAAUGAACCAAGGAAGUUGCUAAGAUGCUCGUUGCUUAGAGCUGGAGGAAGCGUGUCCUGUGGAACUCACAGUGUCACCUUCUGUGGAGGACCUGCGAUGGGAUGGCGGUGGGACUGGCCCCAAGUGCGUGGUGUGCUGUUCCAUGCCUGAGCUGGGCUGUAGUGAAGGAGGUGCAUGGAGGGCUGCAAGAAAUCAUCUCUCCAAGCAUUCUUCCCAAGCUCUUUGUGGGUCCUUCCCUUGGAGUGGUUUCACUAUAGUAAAUGUCUGUUGUCUGACAAGAGGACGCUCAGGACUCCAUGUACUGAGAUGCGUUUCCUCUCUCCUUUUCUUCUCUUCCCCACUGUCAGCUAUUAAUAGGGCCGUAGCUUAUAAAGUUUGGAGCUGUCCUGAUUUUCCUUUGGCCCAGCCCCAUUUUGAGGGAUGUCUAUUUUAAUAUCUGGUUCAGGUGUGUGCACUGUGUGUAUGUUACAGAAAUGAUAAAGUGUAAAAAGAUGUGGAAGUUUGGGCCAAACCAUGCAACACUUCAACUUGCUUAUGACUUCACGAUUGGCCCAAGAUAGAAUAAUGCUGCUAAGAGUCUUCUGACUGUUUUAAAUGAGGAAAUCUCUAUUCUGAUCCCAAAUAUGUGGAUGCUCUUUGCCAAGUACCUUAAAUUCUCUUGGUAUUUGCAAUGGGAUGUGACAGUGCUUUUUGUUCCUUUGACACACUAAGCAGCAUGUGCCCAAAUAUUUGCAAUGAGGACAGCAAUUGAAGUCUAUAUUCGUAUUAACGUGAAAGGUGCCAGACUCACUGACUUACAGCAUGGGAUAAUGCUUCACAUAGCAUCUAACUUCAGUUCAAGUUCUUGGUAAUACGUAUCGAGUAAUGUGAUUGGUAAAAGUGGCAUUUGGUAAAAGCUUUACGGAAAAAGCUUUAGUAAGAAGUCUGGCAGUAUUGCACUGCCAGAGAGAGCGGGGAUGUUUGGAUUGUUUCAAUGGAUCGAUUGUAUCGGUGAUACUGUGCACACCAGAUAAACAGCACGGGGCCACUUUUUAUGGCUUCAAAAAAUUCUGUAAUUACUAAAUAUUUCCUCCCAGUGUUUUAAGAUUUGUGCAUAUGUAGAGCAUAAUUUAAGAUGAACCCUUAAAGCAGGGUUAUCAAAACAAUAGACUGUGGCAUUUGUAGUGCUGAAUAAUAUAUAAGGCAAUGAUCAAUAGUCCCUUGCAGGGAAUACAUUUCAUCUUUACAUUAGCUUGGCUGUAAAUUCUCCCUGUUGGCUUCAGCUCGUGCUUUGUUAAAUUUAUGUGAUUCAUGCCUGCUAUUGAUUAGUGCACAACUAUUUUGUGGGAGAUGCCAAAUUAAUUGUUCCAAAAAUCCAUGAAAGUGCUUUUUUAUUGGCCACGUGAGGCUCAACACAUACUAUGCUGUUACUUUAUUGUUUCAUGCAAAUAUAAUUCCCAACGAGCUUUUAAAAUAGUUAUGUGAUGGGCUUAGACAUGAGAAUUCACAAACUCCAUUGGAAAUGCUGCGCUGGGCUUUUACUUUGUGGCUUGGAAAGCAGCUUGGUGCGACUGCGUGGUGAUUCUGAAUGGGGCUGGGUCACUCUGUGGUCUUCAUGAACAGUCUGGAAUAGGGAAUGAUCCCCUUUGAUUCCACACAGUUCUGGCUGUGGGUGAGGUCUGGCUGGUAGCAUCCUCACUGAGAUGGAAAGGCUGCCAGAAAACCAGAGCUCAGACGCAGAGGAGGCGGUGCCUGAGUUGAUUCUCUCAGUACUGGGCACACGGAUGAUGAACCUGGGAGAUCUGCAGGAGGGAGAGCUUGUCUGCAGAAUGCCCUGUCUGCGGGGCGCAAACAUCUGUGUGAGCUCCCUGCUGCCUGUACAAGAGGAUGUAACUGUUCAUACACUAUCCCUUGGGUUUAGAGUAUUUCGAUUUUCAAGUCUGAGAUGAGUAAAAAAAUACCAUACCAGUGAGAAUACCUAGUAUCUAGAGGAAUAGCGUGAGCCUCUGGACUGUGCUACAGAUCUCAUUUCUCAAGCCUCUGAAGAUGACACUGUGAGUAAACCUUUCCACGUAUUCCUGAUUCAUUGAUGCCUGGAAGUAGAGUUCUGGCUCCAUGUAUAAAGUUAUUUUCAUCUCACAAUGCUGACUCAAAUGUUGUUUUGUUUUUUUUUUCUUUUUCUUUUUUUUCUUUAAAGUUUACUAGGCAAGACAGAUUUCAUAGGUGCUUUAAUAAAGGUAAUUCUGUCUGUCCCAAAACUCAGUUUUUUUCAUUGAAUGCUUUAUGCGUUGCACAAAGCACAAUGCUGGCAAGUCUACAUUAGGGAUGAGCUUCAGUUUUGUGUUCAGAAAUGACAGGAAAGCAUAAGGAUAAUCGUUUAAUUUGACACAUUAAUGUUGUCUGCAAUGCAUCCUUUGAGCAGAAAUUAAAGGACUUCACCAUUCGAGCAUCGUAUUUAAGGUGCAUUCAUUUGUUCCUCAUCUUUGUCCAAUCAACACUGAAAAGGGAAAGCAACCCUUGGCACCAGCUGAUUGUCACUGAGGGAUCAGUCACAUCUGGGAAAAAACCUUCCAGAAUGUACAACGUGUACAUUGUGUGCUUUUUCCUGUAUGUUCUAGGUAUACUGGAGUUCAUCAGUAUAGCAGUGGGCCUGGUCAGCAUCCGAGGAGUAGACAGCGGACUCUACCUUGGAAUGAAUGAGAAAGGGGAACUCUACGGCUCGGAAAAAUUAACCCAGGAGUGUGUAUUCAGAGAGCAGUUUGAAGAAAACUGGUAUAACACAUAUUCAUCAAAUCUAUAUAAACACGUGGACACUGGAAGACGAUACUACGUUGCGUUAAAUAAAGAUGGGACUCCAAGAGAAGGGACUAGGACUAAACGGCAUCAAAAAUUUACACAUUUUUUACCUAGACCAGUGGACCCUGAGAAAGUACCUGAACUAUAUAAGGAUAUUUUAAGCCAAAGUUGACAAAGACAAUUCCUUCACUUGAGCCCUUAAAAAGUAACCACUAUAAAGGUUUCAUGCGGUGGGUUCUUAUUGAUUAGCUGUGUCAUCACAUCAGCUCCACUGUUGCCAAACUUUGUCGCAUGCAUAAUGUAUGAUGGAGGCUUGGAUGGAACAUGCUGAUUUUGUUCUGCACUUAAAGGUUUGUCCUCCUGGAGGAGAGCCUAUGCCCACUCGCUUGAUUUAGUACGAGAGGGAGAGCGCGAGAGAGUGAGUGAGAGCGAGAGGAAGCGAGAGCGUGAAUGGGAGUGAGAGAGGGGAGCCAGAGGGAGGAGGAGAACGGCCUGAUGCAUGCUGGGGAAUGGACACGCUUUUAAAUUUUUGAUCAGUUGUACUUCGUCAUAUAUCAGCAUAGCUGCCAUACUUUGAUUCAUCGGGAUUUUUGGCUGGUGGCCUGCUCAAGUGUACGCUGCAUUUACAAAGGCAUGGAGGGUGCAGUCUCACGUAGACAAGAGACUUUUCAGUUAAUCGCUCGCUGGGUCUCACCCCGCUGAGUUUAAAGCAAAGACCUCUUAGUAAAAACAAAUAAAAAUAAAAAGUUAAAUUUAUUUAUAGAAAUUCCAAAGGCAACAUUUUAUUUAUUUUAUAUAUUUAUUUAUUAUAUAGAGUUUAUUUUUAAUGAAAUAUGUACAGGCCAGAUAGGCAUUUUGGAAGUUUUAGGCUCUGUAAGCAUUAAAAUGGCAAAGGCCACUAUGAACCUGUGGUAAAUUCAUGCAAGUAAAUAUAAAGGUGCAUGGAUAAAGAGAAUAACAAUAAAAAGGUAAUAAUAAUAAAUACUAGUGACCCUCAUGUACUAAAGGCGACAAUCUCUUUUGUGCCCAUAUUAUUGUAAAAGUAUGCAUACCACUCAUGACACUGAGUACUCACUCUUCUGACUGCUUGUUUCAUAGCUUACCCCCAGAGGAUUAAAAAGAAAACUGGGUCUCCAACUAUUUUUCUGUGUCUGUAAUAUUUCCUCUCUGGUAAAAUGACUUAUUACAUCAUUGUAAAAUUCACAGCUGUGGAAAAUAUAAGGGUUGGAAUAUAUUCUACUUGUUAAAACCUAUUGCAGAUCAUACCAAAGCUAAAUGAGAAGUAUGCUUUUUUUUUUUUUUUUUUUUUUUUUU